AUGGUUAUUGCUUCCACAGUUGCCACCAUCUUGAUGGUUUCCUUGAUUUCCUACCAAAAUCCAAUUGCUGUAGAUGACACAGCAUCCACCUACAAGAACGUUGCUCUUUCCAUUAAUGUUUUAUCUAACGAUUAUGAUCCAAAGGGAAAUAACAUUUCAUUGGUUCAAGUUCUCGUGUCUCCAAGUUAUGGUUCUGCUUCAAUUUCCUCUAAUAGUCUCAUUGUCUACAAAUCAAAUGGUACUUAUGCAGGAAAUGACACUUUCAGUUAUCAAAUUACAAAUGGUUACUUGACAGCUAAUGCAACAGUUGUUGUGAGUGUGGUCAAUCGUCCUCCAGAAGCUAUUCCAAUUGCUGUAACUGUCAGUAAGAAUGUACAAAACACGCUCAUUAACAUCUUCAGUUAUGUUGGUGAUAAUGAUGAGCAAAUUAGUGAUCCAGACAGUGUCGAUAUUCUCUCUGCUGUUUCUUACUCGAAUCAAACUAUUGUUAGUGGCACAGAAGGUGGUUACGGAACAAUCAAGAUUGAUUCAUAUAAUGGUUAUUAUUAUAGUCCAGCAAGUGGUUUUAAUGGCGUUGAGCAGUUUGUCUACACCAUUUCUGAUGGUUAUGAUACAUCUAGUUCCACUAUUACUGUAACUGUGGCCAAUGACGCUCCAACUGCUGUUGAUGAUUCUUACAAGAUUCCAAAGUAUGCAUCAUUGGUUUUGGAUGUUUUGGCCAAUGACUAUGAUGUCAAUGGUGACGAUUUCAAUAUUACAAGUGCUUUGGGUACUGGCUAUGGUGCUGUUAGUGUUUCUGAGAAGUCCAUUACCUACAUUACUGCUGGUUCUGUAUCUACCAAAUACACCGAUUCAUUCGAAUAUACAAUUUCAGAUGGAGUUGCCACUUCAUCUGCCAUUGUAAUCAUCUCAGUUUACAAUCAAGUUCCUGUUGUCUAUUCCAAGACUGUUACUGUUGCCAAGUCAUCCACUAAUAAUUCAAUUUCAAUUGAUUAUUAUGAUGCUGAUAGAAGAGAUUUAGUCACUGUUAGUACUAUUUCUCCAUCAUUGUCCUCUAUUUCACCAAUUGCUUACUUGCAAUUGACCACCAGUUACAAUCAAUUAUUCUUUGAUUGUUGUGAAUGGCUCACUGUUGAAACUAACAACUAUACCAUUCUUUUCACUCCAACUACUGAUACUGUUUACACUCAAACUUUCACAGUUGUCUUGUCAGAUGGCGAAGGUACUGGAACUGGCACAAUCACCAUCCAAGUGGUCAAUACUCCACCUGUUGCUGUUGAUGAUUCUGCUCAAUGUAAUAAGAAUCAACAAGUUUAUGUCAAUCUCGUUGCCAAUGAUUAUGAUGAAAACAGUGGAGACACUGCCAAGAUCAAGUUGACUUCAACCGGUUGGAAUUCAACUACACUCUAUGGAGGUUCUUUAACUAUUUUCAAUUCUACACAUGCUCUCUAUGUUGCUCCAAGUGGUUUCUUAGGAACUGACUCUGCCACCUAUGUAAUUACUGAUCAAAGUGUUGAUUCUAGUGGUAAUGCUGAUUCCACUUCAUUCUCUUCUGGUAAACUCUAUGUUACUGUUAUUAAUAAUGCUCCAACUCCUGUUGAUGAUUCAUUCACCAUCUCAAAGGGUGUUACCUCUACUUUGAGUGUAUUAGAUAAUGAUACUGAUCCAAACGAUGGUUCUGGUUCAAUUUACAUUAUCAAUUCUGUUACUGCCUCUUCUGUUAAGAAUAUUCAAGCUUCUAUUGUUGCAACAAGUGGUGCAAGAGAUACAUUGUCUUAUGUUGCUUCCAAUGCUGAAUAUACUGAUUAUUUGACAUAUGAUGUCAAAGAUCAAGAUGGUAUGAAAUCUACUUACAAGGCCACUGUUACAUUGUAUGUUAUCAAUGAUGCACCUGUUGCUGUUGAUGAUGCCUACUCCACUUUGUGGAAUAGAUCAGUGGACUGCUCUGUUAAAAGCAAUGAUUCUGAUAAGAAUGGUGAUCUGGAUGAUUCUACCAUUAGUAUCACCACUUCUCCAUCUCAUGCUGUAACAGUUGACUUGUCCAGUGGUGCUUGUACUGAUGCUGAUACCUUGGAUACUGCUUACUUUAAUGGAGCUACUUCAAGUGUUGUUGGUGGAAGCGUUUCAGUUUCUUCCAAGAAAGUUACCUAUACUCCAUCUUCAACUUCUUUGACAUUUAGUGGAUCAAGUGGUUAUUACACUGCUACUGGUUCAUUCCAAUUCCAAUGUACUGAUGGUAUGUCAACUGCUGCCAGUGCUGUUUCUAAUAUUGGUACAGGAAUCAGAUUGACCACAAGUAACAAACUUGUUUCUGGAACCAAGUAUAUUACAUUCAAACUCUAUGAUGGUCUCCAUUACAGUACUUCAACCUUAACAUUCACUGUAACUUUUGUCAAUACAGCUCCAGCUUGUGUUGCUUCUUCAGUUGCAUUGAAUAAGAAGGGGACUGUUGAUUUGUCAACCUUGUACAGUGCUACUGAUGCCAACAGUGAUCCAGUCACAUAUUCAGUUGUUUCUAGCUCAGUUUCAAGUACCUAUGGUUCAUUGUCUGGUACUACUUUCACUGCUUCUUCCACAACUAGUGGAAGUACAACUAUUAGUUACACUGCCACAGAUUCUCAAGCCACAACUACUUGUUCCAUCUCGGUUGUGAUUAGUAACCAAAUUCCAGUUGCUGAUGAUAUCACUUAUCAAAUUGUUCCAGUUUCAACCAAUUAUGUCCACAAAUUCACAUACACUGCAACAGAUGGCGACUCUUCAGAUACAUUGACCUAUUCUCAAUCAAGCACAACUUGUUCAUCAUCUUUGGUUACUGCUUUGAAUAUCACCACUGCUGGUCUUAUUACCUUUGUUAGAAAGUCAACUGCAGUUAGUGGAACUUGUACAAUGACUCUUUUGGUUGUUGAUAACAACUCUCCAACUGCUGGACAAGAUACUGCUGUUGUGACAUUUGUCAUUUCUUCAUCGUCUCCCGCUGCCAAUGAUGACAGAUUCUCAAUUAACCAAGGUCAAACUAUCAGAAUUUACAAUUGGCAAAUCCUCCAAAACGAUUAUGAUGAAUUUGGCUCGAAUACCACUUUGACCUUGACAUCUAUUUCAUGCCCAAGCUCCUCCUAUUGUCACGAAACUCCUAGACAAGUUACAGUCAAUGGAUUAGAUGCUAUUGAACUCGAUUCGGAUACUUCCACUUGUCAAGCUGACUCAUUCCAAUACACCAUGAAAACUUCUUUGGGAACCACCAAAACUGCUACUGUUUACGUUGAAUUCAAGAAUUGCUACUGUUCUGCCAAGAUUGACUUCCUUUUCUUGCUUGAUUCUUCUGGUUCAAUUGGUUCCACCAACUUUAACAAGAUGAGAAGUUUGGCAAAGAGUAUUACAGGUAGAAUGUCUAUUUCUUCUUCUGCAAUUAUGGUUGCCAUUGCUAAAUUCCACUCAAAUGGUACCUUGGCUUUGGCACUGUCUUCCGAUGGUACUACCAUUAAUAAUACCUUGACUAAUAUGGCCUAUGAAGCUGGUAACACUGCAACUAUUCCAGGUUUGAGAGUUGCUGUCGAUGCUUUGAGACCUGCCAAUGGUGGUAGAGCAGAUGCUGAUAAGGUUAUUUUCAGAAAGUAUACAGGUUCUGCACUUACAACCCAAUUACAAAAUCUUUGCAAAUAUCAAUACACAGAUUCGACCGUAUUGAGUGGAACUACAUGCAGCUACUGCUCCACUAGUAAGACAGCUUACUGUUUGCCAUGUUCUGAUGCAGUGCCAAUUGCUGAAAAGAUUAAUACAUGGCAACGUAAUUCUACUGGAAUAGUUCCAUAUGAUUUGGAUAAUCCUUACAAUGGAAAUAAUAAUGUCCAAUGGAAGAUUGUUGCUAUGGCCGUAGGUGAUGCCAUGUCCAAUACUUAUGGUGCUAGACAAAUUGAAGGAAUGAACUAUGAUCCAAGUAGAGCUAUGACUGUUUCUUGGACUGAUUUGGAUUCAACAAUGAGCGAAAUCGUUGAUCAAUCUUGUAAUCAAGUUUCCACAAGUGACGCUAGUUAA